GUUAGAGCUUUCUUGGCAGAGUUGGGAAAUGAGGUCCCUCCGCACCCUCCCACGAGGUUCCAUUUUUUUUUUUGACAGUCUGGCCGGAAAUCACGGCCUGGGGAAUUUGUUGAGAAAUUGACAUGGGUUUUAGUCUUUCCAUUCUGUUCUGAUAAUCAUAGCAUGACCCCUGGACAAUGUCAUCCCUCUUCUUGCGACGAACCCGCCAGCGACUCAAAUCAGUUAUCGCUGCCUCCGUUAUUCUAGCUACCAUCACGGUUUUGCUCCUCUCGAGAACCAAAUCUCCUCAGGCGCACGUUGAAACCGUCACUUUUCCUUCGUCUGCAGGACCCAGCAUUGCCUCGAAUAAUGAUAGGAACUCCAGCAACUGUUAUGUGGACCUUGAACUCCUAAGAUCACACGGAUACAACUCUUCCGCAGAGUACAGACGAUGGGAGAUCGCAGUACGGCGUUCAAAGAGUCACAAUGGCGUUUCCGAUACUCUAAAUGUCCCCGUUCCAAAGUUUGAAAUACUCGACCUAGACACCGACGAUGAUCGGAUCUAUCUCCCGGAAACCCAAUGCGUUCCCACCGCCACGAUCGACGCCCCCGCGCCGAACGCACGAGCGAACGCAUCGCAUAUGAUGUUCGGUGUUUCGACCUCCCUCGAGCGACUGAGUGACUCGCUGGGCCCUUUCGCACACUGGGCGGGAGGAACAGGGGCCCGGAUCUUCGCAAUGGUCGACGUUGUACCCAAGAAGGAAAAGUUGAAGGUUUUGAACCGGGCUCAGGAACUGGACAUCAAGCUUACCAUCAUCGAGUCGAAGGAAGAAUGGCUGGACCGAUACUUCCGCUUGACCAAGGUACUCUGGGAGAACCGCGAUGCCCAUACGCAGUGGGCGGUCAUCAUCGAUGAUGAUACCUUUUUCCCGUCCAUGUCGAACCUCGUCGAGAGACUCGCUACCUAUGACGCUACCAAACCGUAUUACAUCGGUGCCCCGACCGAGAACUGGGGACAGAUGAAUAUCUUUUCAUUUAUGGCGUACGGAGGUGCCGGGAUAUUCCUUUCUCUUCCCUUACUUCAGCAGAUGAACGAGGUCUACGACGUAUGUUAUGCCUUCAAGGAUCACGGUGAUAAGCGGAUCUCCCAGUGUAUCUAUCAACACACCACGACCAAACUCACCUGGGAGCGAGGGCUUUUCCAGGUGGACUUUGGGGGUGACGUGACUGGCUUCUUUGAAUCUGGCCGGCCGUUGCCACUUUCCAUACACCAUUGGAAGUCCUGGUAUGAUGUGGAUGUGGUUGCUCUCGGUAGGGCAGCUGCCGUCUGCGGCGACGACUGUCAGCUUCGACGGUGGCGCAUAUCGGAUAGAUGGUAUUUUAUCAAUGGGUUCUCUCUUGUUCAAUAUUCCUCGCCUAUGAACGAUAUGCUCGGUAUGGAGCAGACGUGGGAUCCCAGUGAUUGGGCUCGUGAGCAGGGCUACGCAUUCAGUUUAGGACCGUUGCGCCCAAAGGAUGAAAAGAAGGUGUCCUUCCGUAUGAAGAGCGCCGUCCUAGAAGGACAGAGACUGCGGCAGAUUUAUGUCCAUGAGCCAGACUCAGGGAGCCCUCGGAUACUGGAGGUUGUUUGGAGUGUGACGGACGAGUAGGGGAGUCUUUUCUUUUUCGGUUGUUCUUCCAUGGAGUUUCUAUUUGCAUACUCUGCUGUAGGUACGAUAUGCUUCUUUUUUU